AUGGAGGGCCACAAAUCACCCACCCCUCCUCUCACAACACCCACGACAUCCACGCUCUUCACCUUCCUCGCUCUCUACCUUACUACCCUCUUCUCUCUCGAUACCUGGGCCGCUGCACGGGGCUCACCCUACCGCGCACCAGGCAACACCUCCUCCUUCUACCGGCCGGGCGCCACGCCACCGGCGCCGGAUAGUUACCAGGGCGGUAUGCAUGGGCGGGGAAAUGCUGGGCCUGGAACGGGAGGAGGAGGGGGUAGAGAUGUCGGGAGGGUUGCACAAGCGAGAGAUUCUAGGCCGCCGAUUAAGAUGGGUGGGAGUGCUGCAUGUGGUGCUUGUAUGAUCUAG